UGUUGAUGGCAGAGGCUGGGCCGUCUACCGGAAAUGGUACAACCCCGAAUGCUGGAACAUCGUCUCGACACGGCCGCUUCCCCUUCCCGGAUUUCGACCAAGAUGGUGGGAUAUUGCGUGUAGCGGGAUCCUCUGAGGGACUAUCCAAGAGGCCAAUUCCUGGGGGUCUCACUCAUUCCCGCGCGACCUACGAGCGAGCAGCUUCCAGUGACGGUCGACGCAGGGUGAGGUCCGUGGAUGACUCUCAGCCACCGUAUCCCUCAGGACUCCGCCACGCAUAUGGAGUUGACGAUGCCCAGAGGCGUGUGGCUUUCGGAAGCAGGCGGGGAAGUAGUAUGAGGACGGGAAACGCUGCCUCCACUGUGAACACCGACGCUUCCACGGACUAUUCGUCUGCUGCGUUCUCAGACGAGUAUGACCUUUCUCACGAAGAUCCUAGGAUUCUCGAGGAUGUUCAGCGUGCGUUGAGCCUACAAGCAAGGCGGGAGGCUCGCAUGAAGGCGUUGCACUCAAUAUCGACUUCCAAGCCGCGUCCUUUCACACCGGAUGAUGCCUCCAAUUCCUCUUCGUUCUCCACCCGCUCUUCGCCCGUUCAUGCGCGUAUGCCACCAAUACCGCCCGCCGCCGCAGUCCAAGGAAUGCAAGGCGGCAGUGUCGAAUCAGAAAUUGAUUUCAGCCCAUCUGUGGGAUUGAUACCUCCCCAUCCUGUACCAUCAUCCUCGAACGGAGGUGCCACUCUUGAUUGGACAGGUUCUAAUUCCGAGGACGAAAGGGAUAAACGGUGGUCGCUCUCCAUCACGAGGCGUAGACAUAGGGACAGAUAUCCUGCAGGUGCCAGCAAGACAAUUGUCGAGAAACAGGAAUCUCUCUAUAUCGAUAAGCUCGCGCAGAUCAAGGCCAAGGCCAAACCUCAUACAGUUCGUAAGGCAGCUAUUACUGCUGAGCAGCUGCGAAGGCGAUAUACUGCUCUCGGCGACCCACCAAACACUCAGUUGAAUCUGCUGUGUGCCGCACGAUGGUAUGACAAACAGGAGCCUAUUUUCCAAGCUUCCUUAGACAAUGCGGAACCUCUCACUUGGCUGAAACAUUUACUCGAUAAACAUGGCACCAAGUCCUCUCUACGCUUCCCAUGGCAUUUGUCUGCCCUGAUAGUCGAAGAAUAUGCCAAGUCUCUAGGACGAACAUUACAACCGAUACCUGAGGACCAAAUAGUGAACGACAUUACUCCCGCUGUCGACUUGUCCCCGAUGCCUAACCAGAGUGCUUCUCCAGAGAGUAAAGCGGCGAGCAAGUCACCUUCCAGUGACUCGUGGUCUUGGACUCCACCGCCAUUGGAACCGUCUCUUUCUAGGAAGCGACGCGAUUCUUCAGAUGCUGGCGUCUCGUUCGAACCCCGAAUUGACUCUGGAAGGUCGUCAGCUGGCGCAGACUCUCGACGUAGUAGCAUUGAUCCUAUCACUUACCGCCGACAUUCUUUGGCGUACCACACCGACUCAACUCGCAGCUCUUCACAUAAUGGCGUCUUCUCCACAUCCCUGGGGUACGGUAUGUCGCCUUCCAGCAGCCGAAUGCAUUUUCGCGACUUUGCCAGUCGCAUGCGCCGCAAAGUUAACAAUCAGAGCGAAGGCGAGCUGUCAUCCGCCAGGAACUCAAUCUCAGAGCAAAGCCAGGAGGACGAAUCGUCGCCGGGCAAGGGAAAGCCACGUUUGCGUCCGAUGAGUCUUCAGCUCGUACCAGGUCCCGUACGUGCGACAUCGCCAGAUGGUCGUCCGCCACUCACUCCAGCAUUGUCGAGCGGGGGCGAAGGACCGAGAACCGCGAGGCAAACAACCCCCUACCUUCCCGUCGAUCCAACUGUUGUGUCUAGUCACUCUCCUCUUCCACCGAUGAACCCUUCGCCUUCUGCUAACCCAAGGGCGCCUAAGACACCUCGCCCGCGGCAACGUCGCACGUCUCUGCCCUCACUUAAUCGAGCUCUUUUACGAGAGCAAGAGAAACAACAGAUUCAGGCAGAUGAAGAGCAGCAGCGUCGAGAUUACGAACACAAGACCCAGCUUCUCGAAGACACUCUCGCCCAGAACCAGCGCACCCGCCAGCUACUCCAGAGAGUAGGCGGCAAUAUUCGCGAGUAUGAGAACGUGCUAUCGCGGCUUUCGCUCUUGCUUGGCAUUUCCCAUACGUCGAUCCCUCUGGAAGUCUUGGAAGCAUUGAGCCACGACCCUGCCUCGAUAAUGAGCGGGACAAGGCGCCUGCAAGGUUGGCGAGCCGUCGAAGAUAUCGAUGACCUCGUAAACAAGCAGCGGGACACUCUGCGGAGCUUUGCCGGCGCUAUCAUCAAGGGAGAGAGCGCUUCGAAUACCGCGUACAUGUUCGACGGCCCGAUCUUCAGCCUGUCAUCUUCGUUGGACCAGCUGGAGCGCCACAGGGAGAGGAUAGCACGAGAAGCUGAGAAUGUCAUGGCCGCUCUCGCAAAGGUGAAGGAGACGCAUUCGACCGUCAAGCGCGAGUACAACGAUGUUACUGCACAUACGUCAUUGAUCUAUCCCGAGAUCACGCAGAUCGUCGCGCUCGAAGAGAGCUACCGGAACAAGUAUCAGCAGUUUUGGGACAUUGGUCUCGAUGCGCUGACACUACUCCUUGACACCGUGACACCAGUAUGGAGGAAUUACGGCAAAGUCAUCGGCGAGGACGUGCAGGACUUCUUCAUCAUCCCCUGGUACCGCAAUGAAUUCACGGGCGAGCAAAAGCGAUACCCCAUUGCCUCGUUACCCAGACGCUCAUUCCAGCAUUGGUUCGGGCUCUUCCUCUUUUCCCUCAUAUCUAUUGCUAUCACCGCUCUUCAGAUCGGUGCUGCUGUCUCAUCUACACUGAACUACAAUCUUCCGUGGAUAUCACACUCCGGAUUGCGGUGGUUCUUCAUUCCUUUCUUCGUAGUCGGGCUCUUUAUCCAAUGGACUGCCGUUAUUAUUGAAUGUCUCAUUGUGUUCGCCGAGUUCGGGGUCGUCUUAUGGUGGCUCGGCUGGGCCGUCAAGAUAUUUAACUAGUUUCUUCCCCUUCUCACUCUUCAGAUCCUGCCCACGCUCCUUGCACACUCAUACUUUGAAUAACUGAAAUACUGUAUCAUAUAGGCGUCAUGAUAUACCUAGGAGAACCCUAAUCAUCACAAUGAUAUACACAUACAACGACACAAAGAAUCAGCUUUGAGGUGGCGGGGGCGUCAGAGGUGGCGCCCAGUGAUUAAAAGUGAUCGGGUGUUCUGGUGUUGAGUGGUCGUGUUGUUGAUAGUAAGAAGAUUGCUGGUACUGCGGGCGUGGAGGCGGCCUGUGUAUGUCAAUACACGUACGGCAGAACUCUACGACCGGCCUUAAGUAGAGC